UAGGUAAUGACGGCUGUACGUUUAUAGGGAGAGAGACGACAUUUUCGAUCAUUUUGCAUUCAAUAUGUUUCCUUAUAAUCAUCUCCUUUCAGACUAUAUCUAACCUUUGCCAGGGUUUUUCCUUUCUCCUUUUGGUUUCGAGGGUUUUCCUUUUGGUUUGUUUUGUGUGCUGGUGGCGGCUUUCUCAACCAUCUCUCCAUGCGCUCUCCCCCACCGUAGCAGGCUGGGGGCCCCCACCGUCCAAUGUCUCUCUUCCAAUCCCCCGCCGUUGAUCAAUUCAGCAACGGCUGCGAUCACCGUCUGUCUUCCAAGCGUAAGUUUGACGAUUAUGCCCUUGCUUUCGACGAAGCCGACGAAGAUGAGGCUCCCUUAGUCCCCGUCAGAAUGCGAAAAGACGACCACCACCACCAUCUCCACCAUCAAGGAAGCCAUCCGAUCACUGCCGUUCAGCCCUCGUCGAAAGGUUCCUCUUCCUCCUCGCCUGCCUCCUUCCUCGAUUCCCGCCCUUCCUCAUCCGAUGCUCCCUCAUCGUCCGCCGCGUGUUCCUCCUCGCGUCUCCAAUUCUUCAUCCGGAUGAUCUCGGAGGGCAACACCAUCGUGGUCCAUGCUAAUUCGGAGGACACCGUGAAAUCCCUCCACGAAAGGAUUCAGCUGAUGACCGGAAUUCCAGUGAUCGAGCAGCGCCUAAUUUAUCGCGGGAAACAGCUUCAGUGGGAGCAAUCCCUAGCCGAUUGCGCCAUCCAAAAUGACGCCGGACUACAACUCGUUGGCCGUAUGCGAUCGACGGAACACCCACAGACCUGGCAGGUCAUGGAUGACAUGAUCUCGGUCGUUUGCCGCCUUUGCCGAGGCGAAUCUGUCCCUUCCUCAACCAAACGCAUUAAAGAUUGCUUGAUCAAGUUCUUCACAAUUACUCCAAAGGACAACAACGACUCCGCUCCUGCUCACUUGCACAUAUUUAUGGCAUCUUCGGCUCCUGCUGCUUUGGUAAUGCUUUAUAUGUCUCCGAUUAAUGGUAAUAAGCAGUGUGCUGAUACUUCAAUAAGACAUUUCUUAAAUUCGUGUCGGACUGCAUUAUCAAAACAGUUGCAUUCUUAUUGUGCACCAAUAGUAUUAGAGUUUUGCAAGUUACUUAGGAAGGUUGUUAACGACGAUAGUUUGUAUGCGUCAUGCCGGAGUACACUCGGGUUGUUGUUGGAAACUGUUGGCAGUUCCAGGGGUUUAGUGCUGCAAGAGGUUAAAGGGUCGAUUGUCAUGCAAGAGAUUUUCCCCUUUGUUAGUGAGUUGGCUGAUAAGUUAUCUAAGGAUUUGGAUUCUAGUGUAGAUUCUACCACUAGUGGGGGACCAUCAUCAAGUGAUGUCAGGGAUUUCACAGCAUUCUUAAACCCUUUGCGGUCUGCUAUUUUGGAGCAAGUGGGGUUUCGUAUUCCGAUAUCCGUUGACUGGAAAAAGAAGGAUUACAACCUUCCUCCCUAUGGGGAGGAGAUUGAGUUUCUUCAUGCUAUAUUUAAUGAUUUGUUGGCCAAAAUGGAAAAAUGCCUUAUUAGAAUGGAGGAAAACUUUGCUGCGAGAGGAAGCAGGGAUGGUGGAGUUGUUCAUUCCGGGUCGUCUCAGUAUCUUGCCAUUUUGAAGGAACUCAAUGGCAUCUCAAAACUUUACGAGGGUGCUGAAGAGCAGUUUUGGAUGGUUUUGAGGAAUAGGAAGUCAUCAUUGUGUUCUUUAAUUAUUAGCUUUGCAAGGCGAGCUGAUGAUAAUCGAUGGUUACUUGAGCAUAAGGAUGUCACUGAUUUUGAAUCUAGGAGGCAUUUGGCAAUGAUGAUGUUUCCAGAGGUAAAAGAAGAUUAUGAGGAAUUGCAUGAGAUGCUCAUUGACAGGUCUCAGUUGUUGGCAGAAUCAUUUGAAUACAUUGCUCGUGCCGAGCCUGAAUCACUACAUGCUGGUCUAUUUAUGGAAUUUAAAAAUGAAGAAGCUACUGGCCCUGGUGUACUGAGGGAGUGGUUUUUCUUGGUAUGCCAAGCUAUAUUCAAUCCAGAGAAUGCUCUUUUUGUGCCUUGCUCAAAUGACCGUAGAAGAUUUUUUCCUAAUCCAGCAUCUAGGGUGGAUCCUUUGCAUCUUGAGUAUUUCAGUUUCGCCGGACGUGUGAUUGCUUUGGCAUUGAUGCAUAAAGUGCAAGUUGGUGUUGUCUUUGAUCGUGUGUUUUUCUUACAAUUGGCUGGAAUGCAUAUAUCUUUGGAAGAUAUAAGAGAGGCAGAUCCAUGCUUGUAUAGCAGCUGCAAGAAGAUUCUGGAGAUGGAUGCUGAGUUUAUUGAUUCAGAUGCUUUAGGACUGACAUUUGUUAGAGAAAUUGAGGAGUUAGGAUCCAGGAGAAUUAUGGAGCUCUGCCCUGGUGGGAAAAGCAUUGUUGUAAAUAGCAGGAAUAGGCAGGAAUAUGUUAAUCUUCUUAUUCGGGAUCGCUUUGUAACAUCUAUUUCUGAACAGGUAUACCAUUUUGCCCAAGGUUUCAGCCAUAUUCUUUCUAACUCAAGGCUCCAGAAGUUCUUUUUCCAAAGUUUAGAGCUCGAGGACCUUGAUUGGAUGCUAUAUGGAAGCGAAAGUCCCAUUUCCAUUGAAGACUGGAAGGCACAUACUGAGUAUAAUGGCUACAGAGAAAAUGAUCCUCAAAUAACCUGGUUCUGGGAGAUUGUUCGGGAAAUGUCAGCGGAGCAGAGAAAGGUGCUUCUUUUCUUCUGGACCUCUGUAAAGUAUCUUCCAGUUGAAGGUUUCCGUGGUUUAGCCUCUCGGCUUUAUAUUUACAAGUCCUCGGAGCCCCAUGAGCGUCUUCCUUCAUCUCAUACCUGCUUUUAUCGGUUGUGUUUCCCACCAUAUCCCUCCUUGUCUGAAAUGCAAAAACGUCUUAGAGUUAUUUCUCAGGAACAUGUUGGUUGCAGCUUCGGUACGUGGUAAAAACAUUGGUUUACAUUUGCAUUUGGGAUGGAAAAGGGUUUUUGAAUGCACAUAGAAAAAAAAAAAUUGUACUAAGCUUGUACAGGUUAUAGCCUUGCUUUAUCAUUAGACUAUGUAAGAAGGUGAUGUAGCUAAUUGUCUUUCCUUCAUGAGAUGUCAUUGCCUUUUUUAUCUGUUUCUCCUCUGGAAUUAACUGUUUAUAUAGGUGUAUAGCAUAAAUAAGGCAGGGGGCAAGAUGGAAGAAUUGCUCACUUCCGUAUGGACUUUGCUGGGCAUCAGCUUCAGGCAGCUUUCUUGUAUUUAUACAGUUGUGCAAUGACAUCUAGAGUCUAGACUCACAGAAAGCCUCUUAAAUAGUCUAAAUUUGCAUGUCUCA